AUGUCCCGUGUUAUCCAAGUUCGCAAAAGCAACCAAAGUCUCGAAGAUUACCAAGCCAACAAACUCCGCCAGACCUUUCAAAGAAUACUAAAAGACAAAAUUAAUUUAAUCGACCUUGACUCAUUAAUUAUGGAAAUUGAAAAACAAUUUUUUCCUCAAAUUUCCACCCCACAAAUAGCCGAAAUUUUAAUUUUAACCGCAACUAGUCUUGUUGAAAGAGACCCAAUUUACGAUGAAUUAGCCACAAGUUUAUUAUUACAAAAGUUAUUUCACGAAAAAAUUAUUAAUGCCCGCUUAUUAGAUUUUGAUUUAGCAAAAUUAAGUCAAAUUUUAGUUCCCGAAAGAGACAAUGCUUGUAAUAUUCGCUCUCCUCAGGACCACGUCGGGGUAGUUCAUUGUUCUAAUCUUUGUACUGAAAUUACCUUAAACACUUCGGAAACAGAAACCGCGGUUUGUAAUUUAGGCUCAAUAUAUUUGCCAAAACAUAUUAUUAACGGAAAACUGGAUGAAGAAUCAUUCCAAGAAACCAUUACUACUGCCAUGCGAAUGCUGGAUAACGUGAUUGAUUUAAAUUAUUAUCCUACCGAGGAAACCCGCAACUCCAAUUUGAAACACCGACCAGUUGGCUUAGGGAUGGGAGGGUUUCAAGACGCUUUAUUUCAAUUAGAUAUUGCUUACAAUUCACCACAAGCCCUACAAUUUGCGGACGAAAUAACCGAAAAAUAUUCUUACUACGCAAUUUUAUCCUCUUCGCAAUUAGCCAAAGAGCGAGGAGUUUACUCUUCUUAUCCAGGCUCAAAAUGA